AUGCACACCUAUCCUCCGUGGAAACCGCCCAGUCCACCUGGAAGUGCAAAAGACAAACAUCCAAGUAGCUCAGAAGAGUUUGUGACAGAAGCAUCGCCCUCCAGUCCGACCCCGAGUUUUGUGAGCUUGGCCCAGCCGGCCCAAGUGUUGGCCGGCACGCACUUAGAGCCAAGCGAGACUCAUCAUGCAAUGGUGGUUGCGACGUUGCCUCUGAGUCCGAAAUAUCCCAUCCCGAUCAAAGUGGAGCGAGAGUCUUGCUACGACAGCAAAAGAGUGCACCGAGAGCGAGAGCGAGAGCGGCGAGGUGACGACAGGUUGCGGCACAUGAUUGACCAGCUUCGGGACCGAAACUGCAUCUUGCAGCAAGAGCUUAACGAAGUACGCGAAGAAGUCAAGAACGAAAGAGCAGAAAAAGAGCUUCAUGCUAGCCAGCGCCAAGUUCUCCGAGAGCAAAUGGAAAAGCUACAGGCUCGUAACGAAAGUCUUAACAAGAGCUUGUCGGCACUACAAGAGCGGCAGCAACAAUGGGAUGUCAACCUAGGCGACUGGGAUCGACGAAUGGACUCGAUGAAAAAGUCCUACGAAAAAGUUCACUCUGAUCUGGUUGCAGAAAGAGCUCGCCGCCAACAACUCGAAGAACACAAUCGUCGUCAAGAAGUCUCGUACAGUGCAGUGCGAGAAAGCGUCAAGGGGCUCAAGAUGCGAUACAAUCGCGAGUUACAGUCGGUGCGGGCGCUAGUGGAAAAAAUCCAAGGCGAGUUUGCCAACGCGCGGCCGUCUGCUGCGGUUGAACUCCACAAAAAGCAACAGCAGGAAGAACGACGACGGAUAAAAGCUGCAGCGAAAGAGCUGGAAGAAAUGCAGCACCGGUACUUUGAUGGCAUAGCGGACUUGCAGGCUGCCAUACUGAAGCAGGUUGACGAUGCGAAUGCCGAUAUUGUUUCCAAGCUGAACGAAGUUCAUCGAGCAGCCAAGCUUUUGGGAACAAGCGGCUAA